CAUUCUCCGCAGUCUGCAGUGGAUAUGGCGUCACUGAAAAGUGUAUGAGUCGAGAAACUUCAUCCAUGUAAAUAACGCCAAUAAGAAAGCUGUGUGAGAAGCUUUACGCAGCAAAAUAUACUGCAUAGCUUUCUUUAUAUAUAAAUAUAUUAAUCGUUUUGUUUGUUUUUUUAAACUAUGCCCCGGAAAAAGCCAUUUAGCAACAAACAAAAGAAGAAACAGCUACAAGUCAAACGGGAGAGAAAGAGAGGUGACACAGGCUCUGGGCCAAGCAGUCGCAAUGCCAGUGUGGAGCGAGGAGGAGAGCGGCAGUCAGAUACCUCAGACAGCGAGACCACUGAUCUUAGAAGAAUAAAUCAGCAGCCCUUCAACACAGAAGGAAGAUAUGACCCUAACAGGUUCCGACUGCACUUUGAGAAAGAGAGUAAAGAGGAAGUGGAGAAGAGGAAGAAGCUGGCCAUGGACAAGGUGCUGCAACAAGUGUCAGACAAAGAACUUGAGGUUGACAUCAAUGACAUCUACCCCUCAGAGAAAGGCCUUGGUUUCCCACGACGGCCGUCCUGGAAUUAUGAGAUGACACGGGAGAGCCUGCUGAGGAAAGAGGAGAAAUCGUACAGAGACUACCUGGAUGACUUGCACUCCAGAAACCCACCUGGCUCUCUCAGCCACUUUGAGCACAAUUUGGAGACGUGGAGGCAGCUUUGGAGAGUCUUGGAGAUGUCGGAUGUGAUUCUUCUCAUUGUUGACAUCAGGCAUCCGGUGCUGCAGUUCCCUCCAGACUUGUAUCACUACAUCACUGGAGAGCUACAGAAGCACGUGGUCCUGGUAUUGAACAAAGCCGACCUGUGUCCUCCACCACUAGUAAUCGCUUGGAAACAUUACAUGGCCUCUCAGUUCCCCCACCUGGAAAUAGUUUGCUUCACCUCACACCGUGGCCAGCCAUACAGCACAGUCCUCCAGAAGAAGAGGAUGAGGAGAAAGGCUGACUGGAGUUACGCUGGAGGUCCUUUAGAUAUCCUAAAGUCUUGCCAGGAGAUCACAUCAGGGAGAGUUGACCUCUCCAGCUGGGAGCAGAAGAUUCAGAGAGAUGCUGUUUCUGAGCGGCUGGACGGAGAACGGACAGAUGAAGGAGCAGAGUCUGUCUUGGUGGAGCAUCAAAGUGAUAGUGCUUUGGAGAUGAGCGGUCCAUCACAGGAACUCUACAAAGAUGGUGUUCUUACAUUGGGCUGCAUAGGUUUUCCCAAUGUUGGUAAAUCUUCAGUUAUAAACAGCCUGGUGGGAAGGAAGGUGGUAAGCGUGUCUCGAACCCCAGGUCACACCAAAUACUUCCAGACCUACUACCUCACUCCGACAGUCAAGCUCUGUGACUGCCCCGGGCUGGUCUUCCCCUCCCGUGUCAAUAAGCAGUUACAGAUUCUGGCAGGCAUCUACCCAGUGUCUCAGCUACAAGAACCUUACAGCUCAGUGGGUUAUCUGUGUGAGAGGACUCCCUUCCUUUCCAUACUGAAGCUCAAACAUCCCAGUCUGCAGGAAAAUGAAGGAAACCAGGAGUCUGAGGAGCCCAGCUGGACCGCCUGGGAUGUGUGCGAGGCUUGGGCGGAGAGAAGAGGCUACAAGACAGCGAAAGCAGCUCGCAACGACGUGUACCGUGCAGCCAAUAGCCUCCUUAGGUUGGCGAUUGAUGGCAGAUUGUGCCUCUGCCUCAGACCGCCUGGGUACAGCUGCUUGAGAGAGCACUGGGAAAAUCACCCAGACUUGCCGGAGAUUAUGGCUCUUCAAGGAAGAGCAACAGAGGAAGAAGGAACCGCAGAGAGGGACGAUGAGGAGGAUGGCGAGUCCAGCACCGAGCCAGAGGAAGAGAGAGACAGGGAUGCGGACGAUGACGAGGACGGAGAUGGGGACGAUGAAGAUGAGGGGUUCGGGCAUCCGAGACGAAGCGACGAUAAGCCAUCUGGCUUUACGGUCAACAUGUACAACGUCCUUCGGGAAAAUGAGUGCGAGUGAUAAUAGGAGAGGCAAGCAAGGAAGAAAUAGCCUGUUCCUCUGCUCUGACUUUUACCCAUCUGCCCCAGUCCACUCUUCGUUCUUCGUUUCCCAUAAACCUGCAUUCCUCCUCGUUUUUUUGUUCCACCUCCGCCUCCUCGUGUCAUUACCUUCUCUGUACAUUAACAUGCUCAAUUCUAAUCCAUUCAUAUAAAGCAUAUUCCAUGCUGUGCCUCUGCUCUGCUUCUUCUUCCUUGAAGCCUUUAUUUUUUUAAAGUGGAGCGUUUAGGAAUGGGUUUGGUUUGACUUCAGCUUCACACAUUGCAUGUAGUUCUCAGAGACAAAAUGAAGUAACUUCCCUCAGCCUGGAAUGAUCAAUCUCUUCAUAAAUGAGUGACCUCACAGCUGAGAUGCCAAAGUUUGGAAAAGUAUGAUGAAACAAAUCAAAUGCACUGUUGAUAUGAUGUCAUUCACUGAAGCAGCCAUUUGGCUCUCAGAGCAGCUGGAGAUUAAAAGAACACAACUCUAAAUCUUCUACAUUGACCACAGUGUGUCUCAACUUUGAGUAGAGGGUGUGGGAGGCGACGUGGGAAAUGUUAGGCUGUAAAACUAGAACUAAUAAAGUAAACAUUUCACGCACAGUUACUGCUAUUAUGAGUCAGUUAGAGAUAAUUUAUCUGAUCUGAAUUUACAUUAUUCUGUGUCUGAGAUUGAUGUGGGUUUUUUGGGGGGAGGGAUGGGUGUUUACACUCCUGUAUUGCUGGAUGAGGCUGUUUCAGGAAUUAAACCUGUAGUGUUUUAACUACUACAACUGUUUUCCUUAGAUGUUGAUGGGGAUUGUCAGUAUUUCGUCCAGGAUUCGGCUGCGCUUAUUCAGCAUGUUUAUAUGCUGAUGCCAGCACAGUGAAUUUUAUCCAACCGAGACUGCUUAACAAUAAUUGAAGGCAUUGUUUAACAUUUUUUUGAUUUUUACUUUUUUGCCAAAAGGUAUGUUUGAAGAUUGAGCCCUUUGUUAAAUAAAGCUACAGCUAGCAGCUGAUUAGCAAGCCUGGGACUAGCGUGACUCUGUCGAAUGCUUGUAAAAUCAGACCAUAAUUGGCCAGAAGUUUGUUUAAUCUGUUCUAAAAGCUGCAAUUUGUAAUCUUCUUUUUCUUUCUUGAUUGUUCUUGGGCAGUGGAUUCCUGCCACGAUGAAGUGUUGUGAGCAGAGUGACGAAACUCUCCCUCAUCAAUAAAAUCCUAUUAAAACUGCAA